AUGAGCCUCCGCCUGCCUCUCUGGGGAGGCAAAUUCGCCACCAUAAUCAGGGCCUACGCUCCGCCAAUUACCAGUCCCGACGCCGCCGCAAGAGACAAAUUCUACGAGGACCUGCACGCCCUCUUGGCGACUGUGUCGAAGGCGGACAAGUUGAUUAAAACUGGUGACUUCAACGCCCGCGUCGGCACAGACCAUGCUGCCUGGAGAGGAGUGCUGGGUCCCCAUGGUCUCCGCGGUCCCAGCGACAAUGAUAUGUUGCUCCUCCGCAUCUGCGCAGAACAAUGCCUUGUCCUGACAAACACGUUCUUCUGUCUGCCCGAGCGAGAGAAUGCCACCUACAGGCAUCCUUGGUCGCGUCAGUGGCAUCUGCUGGACUAUGUCCUUGUCCUGAGGCGAGACCAGGGGACGUGCUGAUGAUAAAGGCGAUUGCGGGUGCUGACGGGUGGACCGACCAUCGCCUCGUCAUCUCGAAGAUGCGUAUUCGCCUAUAGCCUCGCAGGAGGCGACAAGGUAAGCGACCGCCAGGUAGGCUGAAUACUGCCUCGUUGUCUUUGCCCGCUCACCAUCUUCAUUUUAGCAACACGCUAACUCAACGACUAGACAACCUUCCCAUCGCUACCGACGCCGUCGACGCCGCUGCCGAGAACGCCUCCGUGGAUAACCGCUGGUGUCAACUGCGAGACACGAUCCAGUCGACGGCGCUAACCGUUCUUGGUCGCGCACGCCGCCAACACCAGGACUGGUUCGACGACCACGAUGCCGCCAUCAGAAAUCUGCUCGCCGCGAAGAACCGCCUACACGAAGCCUACGUAGACAAAUCAACUGAUGCCAACAGAGCUGCUUUCUACCGCAGUCGCCGCCACCUUCGACAAAGACUGCACGAGAUGCAGGACGUCUGGACUGCUCGCAAAGCUGAGGAGAUCCAAGGAUACGCGGACCGCGACGAGUAG